AUGGUAACAACUCCUGACAUGUUAUGGUUGGUCAUCGCGAGUGGUGUAGCAUGUUUUUUUAUGGCAUUUGUGACAGGAGCAAAUGAUAUAGCGAACACAUUUAGCACCUCCAUUGGAUCCAAAGCAUUAUCCAUUAAGAAAGCUUUGAUAAUUGCCUUCUUUUUUGAGGCAUUAGGAGCUUCCUUACUUGGUGGAACAGUCACAGACUCUAUACGAUCAAAAAUAAUAAAUUUUGAAGCUUUUUACGAUGCACCCGAAUUUCUGAUGUUGGGUAUGUUUUGCGCCCUUAUGGGUGCAACCAUGUGGCUAGCUAUAGCAACAUGUUUAGGGUUACCUGUGUCGACAACACACAGUAUAAUAGGAGCAUUGUUAGGCUUUGGAUUGGCAGCAGGACACACUAAGUCGAUUAAAUGGGAAAAAAUACACAGCAUAGUGAUAUCAUGGUUUGCAGCACCUAUUUUGGCAGGAAGUUGUUCAGCCAUAGCCUUUACCCUACUACGGCAUUUAAUACUGAGGAGGAGAAAUUCUUUUCAAAUAAUUAAAAAAUCGUAUUGGUUCCUCAUUUUUCUGAUUACCCUACCGUUUAGUGUCUUUUUAGUGUUUCAAAACCCAAUAGUGUUAAAUUUGGAGUGUAGGAUGAAAAAGGACAAACAGAUCGUCAUUGCAUCACCAUGUUAUAUUCAAGAUUGGAGUGCAGCCAAUACUUUCUACUCCACGAUAGUUUGUCUGCUCCUUUCCAGCAUCCUCACAUGCAUUGGAUCUGUCAUUAUCUACGUAGUAUAUAAUAAGAGAUUAAAAAGCUUUAGUUUUAGGAAACAUUUAUUUGGAGAUGACAUGAUAAAUGAUUUGGAGAAAAAUGGCAAAGACGCGAACAACAACACUAUUUGUAACGUCAACAAUAGUAGCCUGAAUUCGGUUGCUUCGAAUGAGACCCAAGUUACGCAACCGAAGGGAGUUAGCGGAGCAGCACAGCAGCAAGGAGGUAGCGGAGCAACAGCAACAGCAGUAUCUUCCGUUGGGGGGGAAAACUCUGGUGGUUCUGGAUUACACUGUGAAAAGAGAAAAAAUCAAGGUGAACAGAACUAUCAAAUGGCUAUUAAUAUGAAAAAUAUAGACGAGAAGAGUGAAAUUUUGGAGAAAAAAAAAAGUGGAAACUUAGGGAGGGCUAGUAGCAGCAUUAACAGUGGAAACGACAGUGCCAAUAGUAAUAUAGCCCAAACGGUGAUCGAGAAAUUUGAUUCGCAGACAGAGAUCGUUUUUUCGUCUCUUCAAAUCAUUAGUGCCAUUUUAGGGGUGGUGGCUCAGAGUGCAAAUGACACGGCUAAUGCUAUAGGUCCCUUUGCUGCAGUUUUUAACACAUACAAUAAUGGCAUUAGGGGGAAGCUAAAAGUGCAGUGGUACAUUCUGUUGUUUGGAGGUCUGUCCAUGUCCCUGGGUCUGUCCGUGCUAGGUUAUCGAGUCAUCAAGACUGUGGGAAUGAAGUUAAUUAAAAUUACUCCUUCGAGGGGUUUUACCAUUGAGCUAAUUUCCGGGUUGGUGGUCCUAUUUUUUAGUAUCUGUGGAAUACCGCUUAGUUCCACCCAUUGUGCAGUGUCUAGUGUGAUUGGUCUAGGUCUCGUAGAGGCAAAAAUAUCGGAGGAAAAUGACACCACCGGUGGAACCAACAACCAGGGGAUGAAGCUACUGGGCAAGGAAAAGUCCCAAGUGGAUAAGAAUGCCAAUAUGCCUGUAAAGAAGAAGGGCUUGUUUUGCUUCUUAUCGUUUUUGAACACCUCCUGCGUGAACUUGAAGCUCUUUAGGACAAUUUUUCUUUCCUGGAUCAUCACGGUGUCUUUUUCGGCCACCGUAACCGCAGCGAUAUUCUCCUUUGCAGCCUACAGUCCGUCGUACUUUACAAAGGCGCCGGUAGUAGUAGUUCCCGCAUAG